AUGACAUCUCCCUCAUCGUCGUCUUCUCCGCAAUACUUUUUUGUCGAUGAUAACAGCACGGACAUUCGUUACCUGGGUAGCUGGUCUUUGACCACCGUUACCGCCGACAAUUACACAUCUGUCGGUCUCACCGCCUAUCCUAUGUAUGGAACAGUCCAUACGUACAAGGCUCAAGGCGGGUUGGCAAACUUCACUUUUACGUUUAGCGGAUCUUUCGUCGAGGUCAGAUUCGCACCGAGUCCGAGUAACGACUACAUCGAGUGUACAAUUGAUGAAACUGAAUAUCUAAUAUCGACGUCCAACGGCUGCUCAAGUACAAGUCUUGAUCAUGGCGUACAUACGCUCACUCUAGGAAUAAGACCCAGCUCCCUCAAUUCUCAAAUAUUUGAUUACAUUCGCUAUCUUGCUCUACCCAACGCCACCGUUACGCCGGGUGACCCUUGGAUCAGUAUUGGGGAUGAAUCGAUCAGAAGUACCAAGCUCUCUGCUCAGACAGCAAUUCUUUCUCCGGGUGGGACUUUGGACUACGAGUUUAUGGGAACAUCACUGAGUCUCUACAAAGCUUCGGUCUUCACAGAUUCGCAUUCGGCAUCCUAUGGAUAUUAUACACUCGACGGAGGUGAACCAGUCAACGUCACACUUGAAAACAACGCUACUCCUCUGACCUCGUAUAUAUACCCUCAAAUCCUUAUACAAACACCUUCCUUACCCUACGGCAAACAUCACUUUCAUUUUGCACUCGAUCCUUCUCCUGAAUCAGAUACAAUGCCUUUGCGAGGGACAAUUAUUGUCCAGAAUAGCUCGGUGCAGUCGGAGCCAAUCCCACAAACAGUUUAUCAGUUCGACGAUCUAUAUUCGCCACCGACAUCUACAGCAUCGACAAGUAAACUAGGUGGUAUAGUUGGAGGGACAUUGGCGGCUGCUCUAUUGGCGGUUCUCCUGGUCUAUCUAGCGAUUCUCCGCCGGCGUCGGAAGUUACUGCUCAGGCGACAUUUCGUGAAUGAGGAAGAACUGAUUCACCCUUUUUUCUCAGGCCAAGGGCCUCCAGACGAUAGCACCAGACGACCGAUGGAAAAACGGAGUAUGGGUACUUUGGGGACAGGUCUCUCUGGCAGUUGUUCGAACUCUGCGGAGAAUGGGCAAGAACUUCGUGCUCCGAGGUUCAGGGUCCAUGAGGACAGUGGCGAAGAUGUCAUUCAGCCUGACCAGGGAGUGGAAAUAGUUGAUCUACCACCGACGUACGAGGGGAUCGAAACGCGCAGACGUAUUGUUUCUGCGCCACCGCUGGCACAAGAAGGCUCUUCAGCGGCAACACAAUCACGUUACACCUUGUGGAAAGACAUGGCGUUUCUAGUAAGCGCUGAACUUUGCGGCUCACAAAGAGUCACGGAACUGUGGUGCGAAAACGGUGCUAUCGAGUUUCAUGCUGGCAUGAAGGCGUUUCGCCCUCAGGCAGAAAUUAUAGUCGCCCUCAAACAUGUGAUGAGCAUCCUUCUCAAUUUACCUAAACAUCCGGAAUGUUGCAGAGCUUCUGAAGCUCCAGGAGGAGUCAUUCAUCUCCCAGAAUCUGGCCCGAACGUGGAACAAUUCUUCCUUGCAUUGCUUGACCCCAUGUGA